ACACUGUUGUUUCGUGUGUUCGUGCGAUUUGUUUGCUACCUAUUAUCUGAUAUAGUUGACUCGAAUUCUGUUAUUUUCCACUUAAUUAAAUUUGUGAAUAAAAUUUAAAAUUAUGGUGACAGCAAGGGUGUGCUUAAUGAAUCAUAAAUACUACAUUAUUAACAACUGAAGCAAUUAUGGCAAGAGAAGUUCUGCUUGCUGGAUUCGAACUACAGUAACUUGGAUGCAUUGGGUUCUUACAGAGAAAAUACCAGUUAAAACUAACUAAGAAAUAAUUGUAUCAAUCUAACAAAGGAAGAAAAUUGUGCAAAUUAGUAAAAUAAAACAACGAAUUGGUGCUGAUUACGGGAUACCUUUGCAUAUUGGACUGAAACCCAUUAAAUCUUUAGCCGUUUUGCACGAGACAGUGUUACUUAUCGAAAAUGUUCUCAAUUCAGCAGCUGAUCAAAGCUCUCCGAAAGCUACAAAACACAAAUGCCAAAAAUGCUGGGAGCGAUUUAGUGAAACAAAACCUCAAGCCAGUUUUAGCAAUUUCAACCGAAAGAAUAACUGGUGUGGAAGGGAUAUCACCGCCUGCAAGCAUUAAAAAUGCUACUUCUAAAUUGUCACCCUCAGCUGUGACGUCAUUGCUCUCGUUAGGCAACACGAUGAUAUCACCAAAACAACCAGAACAACAACAGCAACAGCAAUCCCACCAAAGUGAGAAUAAUCAACAGCUGUUGCUGGGAACAAAUUCUAGUCAACAACAAAAGCAAACAUAUCAGCAACAAAAUUUGCUGCGGCAUACACAAGCACAUGAAGUCAUAUGUGAAACUAGUCCACAACGUAAUGUCAGUCUUGAUUUGUCUGCGAUUGAAAACGGUUGUGUUACUGCUGGUACGGAAUACCAAAUUGCCGUGAAUUCAUUGAAGACGACAACAACAAGAGCGCAAGCUAUAAAUUUAACAAAAACAACACGCUCCCAACAGAUACAGAAAUUCUAUCAACAGCAUCUACAUUAUUUCCAUACACAAAAUAAUCAAAAUUUAGAAAAUAAACAAACACAAUAUAACGCAAUGUCAUCAUUGGCAGCUGAACCGAAAACAGUAAAGCAAGACGAACAAACAAUGGCGACAACAAAUGGACAACAUCCAAUAAAGGAUGAAAAUACCAGCAACGGUAGCAGUUGUAAUGGUAAUGAACAGAAGAAUUCAUCCGGUAAGCCGUGCUUCAAUGCCGGAUUGGGACAAAUAAUACAGUUUAUGGAGCUGAUUGGUAACCUAAAGCAUACCAAACGCACGGGUUGGGUGCUGCGCAACGUAAGUGAUCCCGAAUCCAUAUCGGGCCAUAUGUAUCGCAUGAGUAUGAUGACAUUUCUGCUAGACGGUAGUGAGGGUCUCAAUCAAAUACGUUGCAUGGAAUUGGCUUUGGUGCACGAUUUAGCGGAGAGUGUUGUUGGCGAUUUGACGCCUUUUUGCGGCGUCUCCAAGGCGGAUAAGCGCGCGAUGGAAUUCAAGGCAAUGGAAGAUAUUUGCAAGUUAAUAGAACCACGUGGCAAACGUAUUAUGGAACUCUUUGAGGAAUAUGAAGCAGGCGAAAGCGCUGAAUCAAAGUUUGUGAAAGAUCUCGAUAGACUCGAUAUGGUCAUGCAGGCAUUUGAGUAUGAGAAACGUGAUAAUUGCCUAUUGAAACAUCAAGAGUUCUUCGAUUCCACAGAGGGUAAAUUUAAUCAUCCAUUCAUUCGGAAGCUAGUUGCCGAAAUCUAUGAGCAGCGUUUGAAUUUAGCGCGCGUCAAGGGUGCUACGCCACCGCCACCUGUGGAAGUACCAGAUAUUACGACUUUGCCGAGUACGGCAAAUGACGGUGCGACAGCGGCAGCAGCACCAACUGUGGAGUCGCCCAAAAGUGAAACGAGCACUACAAGCAGUUGAUUGCGCAGCGCAUGAAUGUAGUGUUUCGCGUAAAAGUUGAAAAUAAAAAAGUAGCGGCAUUAUAAUUGCUAGAGACAAAUUUGUCAGGCACCGGUUUGUUUGACAGCGUUUAGACAUAAAAAAAAAUAAAAUAAAAUAAAUAAAAUAAUCUGCGACUCUAACGAUAAACGUGCGUAUAUUUAAUAUGUACUUGAUUCCGUGCUUAAUACAAUUUUUGCUUUGCACUAAGCAACAAAAAACCUACACUUAAUUUUGACGAAACUCUCCUUUGUUUGUUUUUUGAUUCGUUUUGAUAGAAAGCUGUAUUGAAAGGUUUAGUGUUUGAUAGUAUAAGUAAAACAAUAAUAAUAAUAAUAAUAAUAAAAAUUUAAUCGGCACACAUUUUCACCUAUACGCUACAACAACAGUUGUAUAGAGAGACGUAAAAUAUGUUCUUUUAACAGUUAUUUUAAAUUAUAAACAAGUAAUUAAUUAUUUGUAGUUAUUUUAAUGAACGUAUUAAGUAUUUCAAUGUUCCAUGCUACAUUGUUGUAAACGUAAAAGCGAAUUGUACGUUAUACAAGAUAUACUGUUAGACGAUUUUAAAAUAAUAUAUAUGUGUAUGGUCAUAACCAUUGAAUAACAAAUUAUUAAUUAAUAUUAUUAUGUAUAAUGCAUCAGCCUUGUGAUAACUUAAAACUUCUUCAUAAUAAUUCAUUUAUAAAAUCUUUAACAACCUUAAAAAUGACAUGCUAAGUAUUUAUACAUAAUAAAUUUUUAAAUAAAACGCGCAGUUUGUAAUUGCAAGUCGAUGGGUUAUUAAUUAUUUUAAAUCGUAAUUGAAUAACAUAACUUGACGUAAAUAGCUCAAAGAACAAAACAAAGUAGAGAAUUGAAAUUUCAUCAACCAAAUCAAAUAAGUGUUUAGCAGUAAAGCGGGCUUUGUACAAAUACAUAAUAUUGUUUAAGUUUACGCCAAAUAUUUGCAUCUAUUGAAACUAUGUAUGUAUACUUGUAAAGAACAUCACGUUGGUUUAUUUAUAUUUAAACUAUUUUAUAAGUAACUCAGAUUUAUUAUAUAUUUUUUUUUUUUUACAUAAGUUCAUCAUUAAACAUGUACCUUUUAAACGGUAGCGAAAUGUAUUUGAGGCAAGCAAAUCAUAAAAUUCAUAACAUAAUUCUAAUUCAUAUAGACGCAUUCAUAAUUGAAAGCAGAAAAGUUGUAUAUUAAGAGAGGACAAAAACGCUUUUACUUCAUUGUAAUUUUGCAGUUUAUGAAAUGUAAAGAAAAUUUUAUUUC